UUCCGCGAAGCAUUCCUAGCCUGGAAAGAGGAGGUUGGAUUUGCUUCCAAGAAGCCGACGGCAAACGAUGAAACAGACCCGACUGGUCAUGCCAUAAGCCAAUGUAUCUAUCUUUAUCAAAGGAUAACGGUGAUUUAAUUAAUUGAUUCUUCGGCCUGUUGUAAUUUUCCUGGACAGACCAUUAGUGUCGGGUCCUGUCUAGAAGCCGCACAUGAACUGGAAUGCACUCUAGCUAAUGUUAGCUAGCUAGCUUGCUAAUAGCUUUUCCAAAACAGGACUCAAACACAGCAGGGCGCUCGUGCAGCAUGGCAGACAGCAUCAUGAGCAAAGCAGCCACCAUGGAGAUACCGAUCAACAGCAACGGAGACACGGGCACGCUGCCCGAGGACGACAGCCUCGAGCAGGCUGCUAAGCUGCAGUGGAGCUUAGAUGAGAAGGUAGGAAGGUCCACUGGCCACCAGGACCUCCAGCAGGUGAUGGUGUCUGGUCCCAACCUGAACGAGACCAGUAUCGUAUCCGGGGGUUACGGCGGAACGACGGAGGGGAUCAUCCCCACGAGCUCCAUCAAAGAACUGCGUAUGAAGGCCAGGCGCGUUAGUGUUCCCCCCAGCCACUCCGCCGCCAGCCGCAUAGCCAGCCAAUCAGACGACUACCCAGGGUCCAGCAUGCAACACAGCAGCAGCAACUCGUCCAUGGCGGACGACGCCUCCCGGGGCGUCGCCGUGGAGAAGCUUGACUUUGUCAAGAAGUGGGGGCUCAACACCUACAAGUGCACCAAGCAGAUGAUCUCGGAGCGUUUCGGCCGGGGCUCGCGCACGGUGGACCUGGAGCUGGAGGCGCAGAUCGACGUGCUGCGCGACACCAAGCGGAAGUACGAGAACGUGCUGCGGCUGGCCCGGGCGCUCACCAACCACUUCUACAGCAUGGUGCAGACGCAGCACGCACUGGGGGACACCUUCGCCGACCUCAGCCAGAAGUCCCCCGAGCUGAGGGAUGAGUUUGGCUACAACGCGGAGACCCAGAAGCUGCUGUGUAAGAACGGCGAGACCCUCCUGGGGGCCGUCAACUUCUUCGUGUCCAGCAUCAACACCCUGGUCAACAAGACCAUGGAGGACACCCUGAUGACCAUCAAGAUGUACGAGAGCGCCAGGCUGGAGUUUGACGCGUACCGGGCCGACCUGGAGGAGCUGAGCCUGGGCCCGCGGGACGCCGUCACCAUGGCCCGCAUCGACUACGCCCAGCAGCAGUACCAGGUCCACAAGGACAAGUACGAACGCCUGCGCUCCGACGUCACCAUCAAGCUCAAGUUUCUGGAGGAGAACAAGGUGAAGGUGAUGCACAAGCAGCUGCUGCUCUUCCACAACGCCAUCUCGGCCUACUUUGCUGGGAACCAGCAGCAACUGGAGCAGACCCUGAAGCAGUUCAACAUCAAGCUGAAGCCCCCGGGCUCUGAGCAGCCCUCCUGGCUGGAGGAGCCCUGAGACACCCCCCCCCCCCCCCCCAGGACCACCCGAUGGACGGAAUAAUGAAGGGAUGGAUGGAUGGACUAAAAGCAGUAGCAGGAUUUCAAGCAGGGCCAAGGCCUUCUGCCAUCUCUUUCUUUCUCUCUCUUUCUGUCUCAUUCUGCCUUUCUCUCUCCUCCUCACACAUUCUGUCCUUUCGAGAAAAAAAACUCUCAUUCCAUUCCUGAUUCGAUCCCCUCUUCGCUGUCUUUUUCUGUUUAGUUUUUUUCCCCACCAUCCUUCUCUUGUCUCUCUCUCUCUCACCCUCUCUCUCUCUCUCUCUCUCUCUCUCUCCCUCCCUCCCUCCUCAGUAAAGUUUGUGCCUGACACUUCUCCACCCUGCAGCACUCCAGGCCAGUCCGCGACACCAAAACACCACAUGUAAACCAUAACAAAUCGUCAUCGCUUAGUUCUGACCGGCCCGGGAGGCCUCCUAACACUACAGAGAAGUCCAGCACGUUCCGCCAGCGUUCCAGCGUGGAAGCUCCUCCCACCGUGUUGACACAGCACCUUUUGAGUUCACCAUAGUCUGCUCGCCUCCAGAGCCCCGAGAUAAACGCAGAUUCCAUCUCCAUACCUCCUACCCGGAAGGCAUAUUCGAUACAGCGAAUGACAGCGAUGUCCCCCAACUCUUCAAAUCAUCAUAAUGGACACAGGAAUGAAACUACUGAUAUGGCUGUCUCACCUGGACUGAAAGGGAUCAUUCGAACUCUCAAGACUCCCCCCCCCCCCCCCCACAAAUUGUUCUGGUAUUAUUAUUUUGUUGUCGUUUUUUGGGGCUUAAAGGGUGAUCAUGAACGCCCUGACUACCCUGCUUGAUGUCUCGCUAUAAUAUCUGAGGACCGUGGAUGGACUGUGUGUGUGUGUGUGUGUGUGUGUGUGUGUGUGUGUGUGUGUGUGUGUGUGUGUGUGUGUGUGUGUGUGUGUGUGUGUGUGUGUGUGUGUGUGUGUGUGUGUGUGUGUGUGUGUGUGUGUGUGUGUGUGUGUGUGUGUGUGUGUGUGUGUGUGUGUGUGUGUGUGUGUGUGUGUGUGUGUGUGUGGAAAACAGAGAGGCAGUUCUCCUGAGUGUAGCUCUGUGCAUGCACUACUCUAUUUGCUGCACUGGAAGUCACAGAGAGACCACCACCACUCCUAUCCACACCAAUUAUUUGACGUUAGACAUGAACGAGCUCUGGUUGGUUGUCAGCAAACGGAAGUGAAGAGCUGACAUGUAUGAACGAGUCGCAUUUCAAAACACUGCCCUUUUUGGUGAGUGUUUUUUUGUUUCAGCAUUAUUCUGUAGAGACGAACUUUCAGUGUUUUGGGAUCCCUGUUUGUAAUGCUUCAGUUGUACUUGUUCCUGGGCAGACCAAUGCAAGGUCAAGGGUCAAACACCAGGGGGUCAAGGGUCAAAGCUUGACGUCGCUCCCAGCUCUCCAUCUCUCCAUCUCUGUACGGUUGAGGUGGAACUGGGAAGGAGAAGAGCUAUGGCCGUUAGGGGGUGGGGGGGGUCAGAUAGAUAUUGUGUGUUCACUGUGCCCAAGAGGAAUAGGUAAUCCCACAUUUUCAAAGGCAGUGCUUUAGUGAAGGAAUCACUGUUUAUGAAUACAAGAUUGUCUUUUUUGUGUAGAGGACAGAUUUCAAUGGUGAGAUAUAUAUAUAUAUAUAUAUAAAUAUAUAUAUAAAUAGUAUAUAUUUCUUUGUUGUAAAUUGUUUGUGAUGUAAGUGUUCAAUGUAUCUAAGUUAACAAUAGGUCCUAAAAUCAUUAGAUUAAUUUGAUAUCAUGUUUCAUAAAAUACUUUAGUGAACUAUUUUAUACCAAAAUAUUUAUGAUUAAUACUCUAAAGAUGUACUACCUAAUAUUACUAAUUGAAGUACAUUAGAGUUGUAACACCAAUCUAAUAGGGGAUUGUGAUAAAACUAAUGAUUCAUAUUAAUUAUUUGCCCUAAUCGGACGUGGCCUACUCUUGUACGGGUUUACUUGACAAUGACGAGAAGUAAGACUGCAAUGCAUGUUACAAUGUUAUAUUGUCGCAAAGUCAUCAUCCCUACUCUGUGAGCUGUGUGUCGGUUAAAUCAGAAGCAUUUGUCUGAUGUUAGUUAUUGGUUCACCAUUUAGCAGACAAUGUUCAUACCAUGAUGAAACAAUAUUGGCAAUCCUUGACUGCAAUCCUAGAAAUACUCUUAUUUUGAAAGCUUUGGGUCGCUCACUUUUAUUGACGGCGCGCUUGUCUCACUGGACCAGGUACAUUUGAAACUCCGUUGUGGUCUGCAAUAGAGUCUAGUCUGACAUUUCUCGACCGGUGUUUCACGUGUAAACGAGUACAAUAGCCUUCCUACAUCUGACGCAACAGUGAAUUCCGAAGCUGGUCUUUCCCACUGAUUUGUGGGAGUCGAACAAAGGGGUGAACAAUGGACGCGUCGUACGUACGAGGAGCGUUCCAACGAGGUGUCAACACAGCUGAAUAACCGGAACCGUACGUGAAAACAUCUCCAAGAAUUUACUAAUGUGGACCCGUCAUGGCUGGUCUCCCACGGUGUUGCAUGGCUAGCAAUGAUUUUGUGUGCAUUGUGUAUUCACAUAGCCUACAUGUGUCACCCACAGAAUUAUUCCUCACGGUCCCCUUGUGUCCUUGUGUUCUGUUUCAUGCUGUCCUGUCCUGACACAAAUGUUUAAAAACUGUAAUGUUCACAACUUAGGAUAUAUGGAUAUGAGAUACAGGCUUGUUUUGGAAGUCUGUCUUCCCUCCCCCUGGUUCCACCCCUGACCUACAAAUACAAGUUCCUCUGGUUAGCAACAUCUUCAGCAAUAUGAACAUUGUGACACAUCAACCUGUCCCUUCUCUCUUCUAACAGAAACAGCUGCCCACACUGUCAGAUUGCAUUGGCGGAAACAAUUAUUACUUUGUACAGGAGGAGUCUAAUUAAUGAAUGGGUAAACUGUAGUCUUUAGGAUGUAGGCUAGUUGGAAGAUUUGAUCCGAUUUUUAUUUGCGUACAAUCAAUAUUUUUAGGCUGCUCUGUGGUAAAGUAGUGUAUGAAUGAUUGUAUAUUUGUAAUAAUAUUUAAGAUAAAAAGGAAAUUGGC